AAACCAUUUUAUUCUCAUUUAGUUUAUUUGUCUUUUUAUUUAGUGUCUUUUGGUUUGUUUUCUGUAUUCAUUCAUUAUUGUUCAUAUAAACCUCUCACACUAACGAGCAUCAUUACAGCAACUAUAUCUUUUAUUAUUUUCAUGACAAGUCCAUGGAGUGAGAAUGAUAUAUUCUGUUUCAUUACACUAGACACAAUGUCUGCUUAUGUUGAAUGCUUAUCAUGUGAAUUUGAGCAACAUGAUGACUCAGUGCUUUGUGCAUUUAAACACACUGUGUGUGUGUGUAUGUUUGUGUGGACAGUUUCCACUUCCAUAUGAUGUUGACAAACUGUACUGUUCUUAUUUUACCAUCUUGAUCCUUGUCCUUCAGUCCAUCUUUCUAUUUACUUCACUAUCUAGCUGUAUAUUUACUACACACAGCAAAAUGUUCCUAAAGAGUAACUGCCACGCAUUCAGAAUGUCAUUGAGGAAUGCCCUGGGGUUCAUCUGGUCCUCCUACUCUACUCCAACUCCACAGAGUGUCAAACAAAUAUUCACCCUCCUUCUCCUCUGUUUGUUUAUCUCCACAAGCACUGGUGCGCUACUCUUCCACUGGCUAAGUGGGCUCUUAAGGUAUCACCCACAGACUGCGGGCAUUGCCACAGGCAUUUACACAGUAGCCAUCUUAAUCUUCUCAUUUCUUAUACAUCCUUUUCGUUGUGCAUUCACACUGAUGUUUCCAACGCUGGGCACCCAACAGGGACGCAAAAUCGUUCUCUAUUUGUGCGUGCUGAUUGUGCUGAUUUAUGUUCUGCCAAACAUUGCCACUAACAUAGCUGCACUUACACACCUCAUGAAGUGCACAUCAGAGAACGUCGCUCACAGUGUCCUAAAUUCAUCAGCAUUAGGCAACAUCAUAAAGAGUGAUCUGGUUUCUAAAGUUAAAAAUAUUCAGGAUUCAGGUAUUGGGACGUUUGUGGAGCAGCUAAGUAGUUUUAACCACCGCACAGACAUUGACGUGACUGGUCUAAGAGAAAAUCUGAAAAAUUUAAGCAAACUUGUCGGGCAGGAUUUUUCCAAGGCGAUACAUCAACUAGAGGAACUGAAGCUCCUUUCAAGCAGAAUACUUGCUGCUGGUUUGGUGAUCUACCUUUUCAUGGAUUCAUCCAUUUACCUGAAGUCAUACCUGACAUCUGUGAGAUUUGAUAAUGUCUACAUCACAGGGCUGUUAAAAAAAAAUGCUGACAAUAGAGGAAUCCAAGUGGAGGCAAAAGAUGUGAAAAAUGGAGUGAACGUCACCAGCUUCAGAAUGUCAAAACAAGAACUCCUUAAGUGUUUACUUCCCAUUCUCAUGAUCACAUUGUAUCUGCUGAUGACGAUCAUGCUUCUAGUACUUGACCAUAUAGUGCAUUAUGCUGUGGUAACAGGCGGGCCUUGGCUUUUGAACAUUCCCCCAACUGACAUUUCCAUGGACAUCCAUUUUAAGGUUUAUUAUAAGCAUAACGCCUGUGAGAUAUUUGGCUGCAAACCCUCAGAAUUGGUGAACUUCAUCAGAAAGUACAAUGCCACCAUUAGUUCUGAUGUGACUCAGUGCAAGACCAGGCCAAGCAAGCUGAAUGCAGGUGUGAUACUUGUAUUGCUCCUGCUCUACUUCCUCAGUUACUGUCUCACUUUCCUAGAGGUCUACGCUCGACGCCUUCGCAGGAAAGUGGCCUCUUCUUUCUACCAGCUGCAGGAGGAGAAAAGAAUCACAUUUCUUAUAGAUCAAAUUGUGACCAAGAAGAAGAGAAAGCAAGCCAAACAAGCAGAACUUAAAAGUACUGAGAGCAGGAUGCAGGGAAAUGAUAAGAGACUAUUAAAGUUUUUACCUCUUGCUAGAUUAUAUGCAUGUUUUCCUGCAAGAAAAGACAAUGCGGUCAAGCAUACUGAUGAUAACCAGGAGUCAGAUCCCUGACUGUACUGGUUGAAACUGACAAGAUGGCUCCAUUAAUAUUAAUUAAUACUGCAAAAUAUUUUAUGUAGACUUAAUUAUGGAACAGGCAGUACAGUGAUGCAGAGGGUAACAUUGCUGGUUCACAGCUCCACAUUCUUCAACUCGGGUUACUUUCUAUGCAAUGUUCUCUCUGUGUCUGUGUGGGUUGCUCCAGGUUCUCCAGUUUCCUCCCACCUCCCUAAAAGGUGCUGGUAGGUGUAUUUGUUACUCUAGAUUGCCCUUAGGUGUGAAUUAAUAUGUGAAAGUGUGUGUGCAUGGUGCCUUGCAAUGGACUGGUGUCGUAUCCAGAGCGUAUUACUUCCUCAUGCCCAGUGUAGCUUUUGAAAAGAAAAGAAAAGAAACAAAAAGAAAAGAAAAGAACACAUUUAUGCUUAGCACAAAUCAAUUUUAUUACAUUAAAACCUUGUAAUUUGAUCCAAUCAUAAUAUUAUAAAUAUUCAUAUUUAUAUUCCUUACAUUUUAUUGUUGUUUUAUUACUAUUAAAUAAUAUUUAUUACAAAUAUUGUUUUGAUUAAGAAUUGUAACACAUAAUACUGUAUACUCUAUGAUUUCCACAUCUCUGUAGAACAAGGAAAGGAUGAUAUGUCUCUAAAUGUCCACUUGAUGUCAGUAGCCUAACAGAUUUAAAUCCGCUUGGCUGUGCAUGAAUAAUGGUGUCUAGGACUUAAAGUGACAAAUUUCUGUGUGUGUGUGUGUGUGUGUGUGUGUGUGUGGGGGGGUGGGUGGGUGGGUGUGUGCAUGUGUGUGUGUGUUUGUAUGUAUGCAUGUGUAUAUACUACAUACAUUUAAAUAUGCAUACAUUUGUGCAUGUGUGUGGAAGACCUGCAGAGGUCUGAAGUGUUAGCCUGCAUAGAAGUCUAUUAAGAUCAUCAAGAGAUAAAAUGCUUGUUGUUAUUGAACAAUAAUGAAAAUCUACUUUUCCAUUAUUUAACCAUAUAGAUAUUAGUGUCUGGCUGAUUGACCAGAUAUCAGCAAUGCUGCUUUGAUUAAAUGCGUUGCACAAACAUACUUUUAAAUUUCUCAGUAAUACACCAUCUCUGUGUUAUUUAAGACAGACCUGUACCUUAUUGUUAGUCAUGUUUUACAAAUUAUGUCUCAGACUGCUGAUUACUGUCAUUGUGAAACAGUGAAAGAGAUUCAGGCCUUAUGCAAAGUACUUUACCUGUUCACAUGCUGCAGAAUAAAAGGAUAUGUGAAAACAGGAUAUUAAUGAAAAGAUAGCCAUGCCUUUUAACUGAUUAUUCAGGUAACUGGGAAAAUGGUUUCAAUUAUGAGCCCUUUCUAUACAGCAGUCACAUGCUAGAUAUUUCUUUUUCCUGGUAAGUAUUAAUGGUUUAACUUGUAGUAAUAAAGUGUUAUUUAUAUGUCACAUUUUGUUCAGAUUUGUUUAGUUGAAUGGUUGGAUUCAACAUACAAGAUAUAUGUUUUAAAAUUUUGAAACUGACUAAAAAUUUAUUCAUUUUUAAAAAUACUUUUUUUAUUCCUUGUUUAACCUUCAUCAGUACUUGUAUAUCAUGGGCAUUGCCCCUUCUUUCAAAUUUAUCAAAACAUCUCUCAGCUCUAUACACUUCCGCUUUUGUGAAGAUCUACUAAAAGCCUCUAGUGUGUUUUUCUUAUCUCACAUAUUUCUGAUGGCACUGAAGCACUGCGGUAUCUUCUGGACAGAGCUCAAAAACCCUUUUGAGAGCAGAGCAUUUUAUUGUCCAAAAAUACAGGAUAUAUGUGCAUUCAUCUUUCAGGGGUUUGCUAGUUUAGUCCAUGCUCUUACCAUCCUUUGAAAUCCUUUUAUUAAAUGCAGUCAAAUGAUUUGGUUUCAGAAUGUGAAUAAUAAUGCCUGCUUGAUAUAUGUGAGUAUCAAGGGCAAGUCUCUAAGAUUAGCCAUGUGAAUUUUGCUUCAUAGAGAUGUUUAUUUGUCCACGCAAUUAAUUUGGGAUUUUUUCCCCCUCAGAAACCUCAUUACUGUACCUUAACUUAAUAUAAAAAUGUAAUAUAAAAUAUAUAUAAAAGAAUUUAUAAGAUGAACCAUGUUCUUCUACCAAGCCAUACACCCUAAACAUCUUGUUUCAAAUAUUCUGUCAGGCUCUCGCCGGCAGAUGGUGCUGAGGUUGUGACGUGCAUGGACAGCUGGAGAGUGCGUGUGUGCAUGAGAUUAUGUAAAGAGGACUUUCCUAUGGACACGUGCCUUUGUUUUGGUUUUGGUUCUCUUCCUGUUCAGGUAUUGGUUGAUGUUCAAGGGUGUGUCAUUAUUGGUCCCAGCUGUCUGUAUUCAAGCGUGAUUAUGUUUGUUAUUUAAAGCCCUCGUGUUGCUGUGCACUUUGUGCAGUAUUGAAUUAAUGUAUAGGUGAAUAUGUUUAAGUAUGCCAAGCGGUCGUGUUUUCGUGUCCUGUUCUUGUUUCGUGCCUUGAAUCUAGUUUCAUGUUUAAACCUUGAUUAUCUCUUCCAGUCUAGACCGCGUUUCAUAUUUAUUGACUUCUGUUUGAGAAUAAAGACUUUGAUCUGUG